AAGAUUCAAGAUUUGUGAUUUCUUGAAAAAAAAAAACACCCAAAAAAAAAAUGGAGGCAGAGGUGAUAACAGAGAUUCUGCUGCCGAAAAAGAAUUCAAUUUCUGCAGGAGAUUCGUUCCACGAACUCAAUAGCUUCGAGCUGAAGAGUUACGGGUCGGGCCUGAAAUGGGUCUUCCACGACUACUCGAGUUUCUGGCGGGCCGGGCUUUCUUGGUCGGUGUUUUUUCUGCUGAACGUCGGUGUUCCGAUUGUGUCCCACUUUGUGUUCUCUUGCUCCGGUUGCGAUCCGAGUCAUCAGAGGCCGUACGACGCAGUUGUACAGGUGUCGCUCUCGCUGUUUGCCACGAUUUCGUUUGUCAGCAUAUCCACUUUUGCCCGGAAAUACGGUCUCCGCAGAUUUCUGUUUCUUGAUAAAUUGUCCGAUGAUCAUGAAAAAGUCCGAUUAGGCUACACCGAUCAGCUUCAUAAAUCAAUGAGGCUAUUGUCAGCUUUUGUUCUCCCCUGUUUCUUUGCAGACAGUGUGUACAAGAUAUGGUGGUUCACCUCAGGUGGAAACCAAAUCCCAUACUUAUACAACAUGUACUUAAGCAACACAAUCGUCUGUCUACUCUUGCUAUGCUCGUGGCUAUAUCGAGUCUCCAUCUGUUUCCUCGUAUGCAUCCUCUUCCGCCUCACGUGUUUUCUCCAACUACUUCGUUUGGACGAGUUCGCUCAAGUCUUCGAAGGAGAAUCCGACGUUGCCUCGAUCCUUCUAGAACAUCUUAGAAUAAGACGAAAUCUUCGCGUCAUAAGCCACCGCUUUAGGCUCUUCAUCUUGUCCACUUUGAUCUUAGUAACAAUAAGUCAAUUCGUUUCUUUGCUUGUCACAACCGAACCUCGAUCCAAGAUCAACCUCGCCACAGCUGGCGAACUCGCGCUAUGUUCCAUAACAUUAGUGACUGGGCUAUUGAUAUGUUUGCGCAGUGCGGCAAAGAUAACGCACAAAGCGCAGUCGGUUACUUCUUUGGCGGCUAAGUGGCACGCGUGUGCUACGAUAAACUCGUUUGAUGAAUUAGAAGACGAAACUCCAAGAGCGCCUAUUCUAAGUUCGGCUAAUGCCGGAAACUCAGUGGCUCCUAAUUGGGAUUUUGAUGACGAAGAAGGCGAUGGAGACGAUUCUCUCGAUAAUACCAACCUCGUUCCGAUUUUCGCAAAUACUAUGUCGUAUCAGAAAAGACAAGCACUCGUGACGUAUUUCGAGCAUAAUCGAGCUGGAAUUACGGUGUAUGGAUUUAUGCUGGAUAGGACAUGGCUACACACUAUAUUUGCGAUUCAGCUUUCACUCACGCUUUGGAUUUUGAAUAAGACGAUUGGAAUUUCGUGAUUUGUGUAUUAUCGAUCGAAUGUUUGGUUUCGAAAUUUUCGUGAUAUAUUUUUUUUUUUUUUUUUUU